AUGUGGAGACGGUCAGACAGCGCCAUCUGCUGGCGGAAACCCACAUUACUACAGAACUACAUCUCCCGGCAUGCACAUGGAGCCCAGCGUUCGCCGCUCCCAUUGCCAUGUAUGUGGAGACGGUCAGACAGCGCCAUCUGCUGGCGGAAACCCACAUUACUACAGAACUACAUCUCCCGGCAUGCACAUGGAGCCCAGCGUUCGCCGCUCCCAUUGGCUGCCGCCCAGCCCGCUGGGUUCGCUGUUACUCUGGUUACCGGACGCUGCGGCCUGAAGAUGUGCUCGGUGCUGCGGCUCCUGCUGCUCGGUGCCGUGCUGGGGUUAAAGGUCAGAGCAGUGACGGGGGCUUCCGGGGGUGAGUGACGUCACUGGAGAAGUUUCUAAGAGACCCCCCCACUCAUAUAUCAUAUAGACCCCCCCAUAUAUUAUACAGCCCCCCCAUAUAACCCCCAUAUAUUAUACAGCCCCCAUAUAUCAUAGACCCCUCAUAUAUCAUACCAGCCCCCCAUAUAUGUAUAUGGCCCCCCCAUAUAUCAUAUAGACCCCAUAUAUACAGCCCCCCAUAUAUCAUAUAGACCCCCCUCAUAUAUUAUACAGCCCCCAUAUAUAUAAUCAUAUAGACCCCCAUAUAUUAUACAGACCCCCAGCCCCCAUAUCAUAUGACCCCCCAUACAUAUAUACAGACCCCCCCAUAUAUAUAGGCCCCCAUAUAUCAUAUAUAGACCCCCAUAUCAUAUAGCCCCCCUAGACCCCCAUAUAUUAUACAAUAUAUCAUACCCCCAUAUGUCAUACUAUCAUAGACAACCCCCCAUAUCGAGACCCCCCAUAUAUAUACAGCCCAUACAGACCCAUAUCAUAUUGCAGACCCCCAUAUAUUAUAUACAGACCCCCAUUUUACAGACCCAUAGACCCCCCCUUCCUCCAUAUAUAUAGACCCCCAUAUAUUAUACAGACCCAUAUAUAUACAGCCAUAUAUCCUAUCAUACAGACCCCCAUAUAUUUACCAUAUAUCAUACAGACCCGCCCCGGAUCCGUCCCAGGAUCAUACCCCCCAUAUAUCAUCAUACAGACCCCCAUACAUAUAUAUAUACAGACCCCCAUAUAUCAUACAGACCCCCAUAUAUCAUACAGACCCCCAUAUAUCCUCCCCCUCAUAUAUCAUACAAGACUCCCCAUAAUAUAUCAUACACCCCCAUAUAUAUCCUAUAUCCCCAUAUAUCAUACAGACCCCCAUAUAUCCUUAUAGACCCCUAUAUCAGACAUAUACCAUAUAUCAGCUCCCCCAUAUAUUAUACAGACCCCUCAAGUAUCAUACAGACCCUCAUAUAUAUCAUACAGACCCCCAUAUAUCCCGGACCCCCCUCAUAUAUCAUAGACAUAUACAGCCCCCAUAUACAUAAUACAGACCCUCUCAUAUACAGAUCUCCCCUUCUCCAUCAUACAGAUUCCGUAUUUUUCUUUAUCGUUUUAUCACUUCUCUGGUAAUAGAGAUCACUCCUUUCAAAGUGACCCCUAACCCUAGAGAGACCUCUAUUUUAUUUUCUCAGAGAGACCUCCUUUAUUUACCUGAGAAUCACGUAAUCAGGCCUGCGACAGUUUAUGGUAGUGGUCCAAGAGACAUCUCCUAAUAUAAAUAGUUUGUCUGUUGACUGUCAGCGAAAUAAGAGACCCCUUUAUUCACCAGAGAGACCCCUCCUUUCAAGAAACCCCCAUUCUUUCACAGAGCUCCGCUAUACCGUCCACUCAGCCUGAAACUAUCAGGUAGAGAGCGCCAUAUUAUCCCACUCUCGACAUUCACAGACCCAGAGUUCCCCUUUUUUUCCUCCUUUGACUUUAUUUAGGGCCUUGCCUGUGCACCCCCCUUUUAUAAAUGCUGUAUAGGGUGGCCCAGACUGAAACUUUGUAAAAACAUGAGGGUCUCUGACUCCAUUAUUGAUUAUAGAGUCAAUAUCUGAGAUCUAAAGCUGAAAUGCAAACUAUAGGAGGAAAAUUACCAUUAUUUAAUGUGUUAUAUAACUAAUGUGUAAAAAUAAAUAAAUGCACAGAAUUAAAUACAGAUAAAUAUACUCACUGUCACAGUUUUCCUUGAUGCACUAUUCAGUGGCUCUGCCUGCUGCCAAAGGAAGAGGCCUUAAAUCAGGAUGAUCGCAUUCUUGUCCCAUAGACUUCUGUGCAGUAUGAUUUAUGGGAUGAACAGUUUAUCGCGGAGGAUGAUUGGAGGUGCUCAGUAAACUGAUAGCAGUCACACCGCGGCCGUUUAGUGAACUGGGCUGUGUGCAGUGAUAUACAGAGUCCGUGUCCACUCAUACUCCUCUUUCUUUCCCAGUCAGGCACGCGCAGUUUGUACAAUAUGGACAAAUCUGAUAUCAGGCAGCCAGAACGGAGCCUUCUGGCCAACUGAUUGACAGCUCUGAAGGCUGGCUUCUAGCUGUGUGAUUUCUACAGAUCGAUGCAGUUACAAGUCACCCGUAGCACAGAUAACAUAGCAAUAAUGGAUACUUAGACUGAUCCUUUAAAGCUUGAGGUAUCUAAGGCAGGAUGUUUGCAAUGAUCACUACUCUAAGACUUCAGGUUUCUUACAAAACGAUAUGAGUAAUACCGCAACCCAUGUUCUCCCUAUCUUCGUCAGACGUGGUGAUUUGCACCUGUGACCUGACCCCCGGGAUUUGUGACAUCAACUGCUGCUGUGAUCCUGACUGCACCAGUACUGACGCCACAAGUGUCUUCUCCUACUGUCUGCCUGGGAGUAACAAGUAAGAUCACACUAACAAUGUCAUAGCCACAAACAUCAGGCUAACUGGCAGAGCUCAGAAAAUAAACACAAGGUCCACAGCUAAAACAAUCUGUUUGCCCUUCAGGGAAAUUAGUCAUUUUUUCCUUUCCUUCCCCUGUGGUGAUAGUGGAAGAAGGCUGCGGACAUUAGUCGCGAAGAAGAAAAGUUUCAUACAUGUCACAGGGCGAGUUUGUACCAGUUUAAAUAAACUGACUCAGUGUAAAAUCUGGGUAUUGUGGGUUUCUAUAUAUAUGCAUUUAUCCUGAUGAAAGCCCCGGACGAGGGCUGAAACGUUGAUCUCGUUUCACAUAUAUAUAAGAUAAAGGAAUUUUACUACGAAAAGACCGUGAGUGCAAGCCAUUCACUGUUUAUUUUUAUAAUUUGGCUAUGGCUGCAAGAUGCACCCGGCAUUAUAGAGAAUAGUCAGAGUGCAAGGACCUGUGGAGAUUUUUAUAUAUAUACUGUGCUGUGUCAGGAAUGGCAUUUCAAUUAAUAUAACCCCUGUGUCCAGUCACACACGCCAUCAUGGCUCGGAGAAGUUGCCCAGAACCUGGAAGGGAAGUAUGUUUUUUUUUUUUGUUUUUUUUUAAAGUGACCUCGAGUUCAUUAUUCCUCUCAGUAAACUGCUCAAUAGCUUAUAAUGUGGUGGGAGUAGGACAAACGGUCACUUCCAAAUACGUGAUAUAUUUUUUUUUAUUAUAAAUAUUCCAAAAUAUAAACAAGCUAAUAUCAUUAAUGCAAACAAUUAUCUGCACAUCCCUAUUAGGUAGCGUGUUUCCAGCUAUGCUUUCAGUGAGAUCCUGGAGAGCGUGGGUAAAGAGGAGACAUAACAUAGAGAGAUAGGGAUCGGUCGCCCAGUACAGCAUUAUAGUGUUUAUGGUGGCAGGGUGUGUGUAGUGUAUCACUAAAGCUGUCUCUCUCUGCAGGGUGCACAUACAGGUGUGUCUCUACAACUGGCUGAUAUUCCGAAGUAACACCCCGUAUUCAACUGUUCUCGUCACAUCCUCUUCAGUGCCCAGAACUCCUGACCUAUUCUGUGUCCUCCCAGGGGAUUGUAAGUGUCCUUGUCUGCUAACAUGUCACCAGCUCAGUAUUACUUUACUGUAUCUCUUACCUACAUCUCCUGAUCUUAAUUCACCAGGUUCCAUGUCAGUCUAUCAUUUUUUUAUUUACUCUCCAACCUUUAAUAGACACCCAUAUUCAUUCUCUGUAUUCACAGCCACACUGAAUUACUUCGUCACUCCACAGACUGUUAAUGAGACAAAUUUCUCAAGCUUAAGUGAGACAUAUAAAGGAUUCUCAUUUUCUCCUGUCUCUUUACCUGUGCCGACAUUCACCAGCUUCUACAAAGUAAGUACAACUUGGGGGAAGCAUAGGAUUGGAUCAAUACAUUACCUAACCUCUUCCCUUUGCCCCUAGGCCGGUGACCCAAUACUGACUCUUUCUGCACCUGGUGUUCUUGGAGUGUUGAGGCAGCCGGCACCGGUGGGGGCACAAAUCUUUUGCUCUGACACCAACCCAGCAAGUAAGAAAUUGUCCAUCCUAAUCUAACGGUCUGUAAUGUCAGUUUAUCUUUCCUCAACCGUCUGUAACUCUGUCUAAAAUGUGAAAUUCACUUUCAAUUCCAAUUCUUACAUUCGUGAAAAACCCUGUAAGAGAAUUCUGUCUCUGGGCUUUGUAGCAACACUUACCAUGCAUAACUUCAAUGUAUUAUCUAUAAUGCAUUAAAAUGUGAUAAUAUACCUUUACAUUUCCCAAAUCUGCUUUAUUUGCACAAACAGAAAAAGGGAUGUGCAUAGCGUGUAUAUGUUUUUCACACAGCUUGGACGGAUCAUGGGAGUAAAAUUUCCCCUUUGAGGUCAGUGAGAGAGGGGCAGGCUUAUAGCUGCAUAAUAAGCCACUGUGACGGGGGAGCUCUAUGCAGUUAGCAUUGGUUGUUAUGGUUCUUAGAGUGUCCCUUUAAGGGACAGUGUGUAAAGUUUUGUGGCUUCAGAGAAGCGUUGAAUUGAUACCAUAUUUCAUCAGACGGUGAAUAAACCUGGGUAAGGAUAGCAAACAGCAUGAACAGUGGAACUAAAUGAUUAUAUGCUUAGGGGAAUUACACAAGUCUUUUUUCCUGUAGGUUUAUGAAUGUGGUUUGUUAAAAGAAGCAUUGUCAUUUGUGAAGUCUUGCUAUUUUUGCCACUGGUGACAUUCCUGCCUGUAUGGUGGAGCUUAGGGGGUGGAACAGUGAAGGAGCUACACUUAUUGAUCUUUUUCCUCCUUGAAGCAAUCAUUGUUUUCAUCCAUCCAUCUAUCGCUGCUGUCGAUCUAUCUUCCGUAUAGCUUCUCUCCCAAAGCAGUAAUGAAGGGAAAUGGCAGGAUGUGGUAGCUACUACAUGAUCUGAAGUAUUCAAUGUGUUUUUCAUGAAAAUUCUGUCUGUAUGAAAACCUCUAAUCUGGCAGUGCCGCGUUACCCCUAAUUCUGUCUGGGGUUAGGCUACGCAGCGCUGAGUGCACUUUGUGAAAUGAAUUUUCCCAGAUUUGUAGGAAAUGGACAUAACGUGUGUAAACUCAAACAUGCUUUCCAGCCCAGAGAUCGAUGGAGAUGCUAUCACAUCUGAUGCAUAAAGCAGUACUUUGUAAACAGCAUCAGGAUGGUUGACAGGGCCCCUUGUACUAUUUUCUGCUGUACCCAGUGAUUUCCUCUGUCUUUGUGUGCAGGAUUUCUCCAAAAUGGCACGACUUCCUGUCUGCGAAUAAUCAGCGACUUGAACACAAGCUGCCUGUCCGACCGAGCACUGAGCGCCAGCAGUUAUUAUCAGAAUAUCAGCGUGCUAAGGGUAAAUAUAACAUCAUCUCAUCUGUGCAGAAAAGGCACAAACCUAAAAACAUAGGGCUUUGUUCAUUACACUGGGUUUACCACUUUAUCAGAGACACAGAGAAGCUAAAGCCUUAGUGACGGUUCCUUUCCAGGUCUCACACCUGCUUUAGCUCACAUUUGCCGUUACAGAAUCUCCAUCUUUUUCAUAUUAGGCUGAUCCCACCCGGAAGUGCAACCUAGAUCUCCCAUUCUGGCAGAUAACCUCGAUUGCAGAUUUUCUGAAUUUCAGUUUUGAUGUUAUCAAGUUUAAAGUAAUUUUAUGUUUUAUUUUUCGCUUUAGGUUCCGACUGAUGCCGCAAAUAAGACGGCAUUAAAUGUAAGACUCUGGGAGGUAUCGGGGUAACUGAGAGACGUAACCGUCAGGAAGGAAGAAUGGCGGGCAUGAGUUACUGUGAGAAAGUGGGACUGGUUGUGAGCCUGUGAGUUGUCAAUAGAAAUAAAAAAAAGAGCUGAAAGUUGGGUCACACGGUCACGCUCUGAUUUUUCCACCUUAGGUAGAGGUGACGGGCCUUGUCCCAGAAAGCCCAGCGCUGCAUGGAAACAGCUGUGACAAUGUCGUGUCUCAGGUAGAUAAUCCUAACCAAUCACUGUAGCUGCUGUAAGUAUAUCAGGAAAGAUGACUAGGCUAUCAUUGAGGGUCAUGGGAAUUGUAGUCCAAAUCAGCUGGAUUGUCAAAUGAGGUGAAAAGGCAGUAUGGCGUAUAAUAAUCCUGACAAUAACAAUUGAGUUUUAGGUAAAGUAAAUAUUCGUUUUUAUUUUUUUUUUAAACAAAAAGUGCAAUACUUGUUUUGACAAACCUGUCAGUUACCUUCUAUAAAGACUUGUGAGUCUAUUUAGUGGUAUAUGGUGAUGUUUACCGUUUUGUCUUGUGUGUUAUCGCUCCAGGUGAUCUAUACCGUGGUGUAUAAUGGGACUCAGGGUAUCCAGAAUGUGUCGGUCAGUUUCAUUCUGCUCAAUGUUACUUCCAGUCAGUUACUGACUCAGAGCUUUACCGUGCUGUACAAGGUGUGUUUGUUGUGUCUGUCAUGUGAUCUGUCUUUGGUAAUGAAACAGGCUCUGUUUUCUCUUCUGUAAACCAUGGUCACAUGUCUAGUGUUCUCUAACCAGCAUAUUUCCUGAUCCUUCACACAGCAAGCCUGCCAUAGCUAUAAUUACUACAGAAAUUCUUACAGAAAACAGAUUUUUUUAUGAGACACUUCUGAGAAGUGUAUUUAAAAAAAAAAAUAUUCUCUAUAACUGUCCUUUUUUAAAAAAAGAAACAAAAUGUAUAAUGAAAGCACUGGCUGUAUAAUAUAUAUUUCAAGAUCAGUCAGGGAUUCUGUUACCAGGCACAAUGCCAUUUUACAGCUGGCAUCAGAACUCUACAUUUUAACUGCCGUCCAUAUGGUCCGUUCCAUAGGGUAUUAUUCACUAAACUGUAAAUGUUGCUCUAAUAGUUAAAUUGAAAAAAAAAAAACUCUCCAAUUCAGCAAUUUGACCAGCUUUGUUAUCUUGGCCUAAAAUUGUAUAUUCUGUCAAAUAGUUAUAAUUUCUGACGUUUCUUUAUAAAUCAUCUUUCCAUGCUCUGCAAUCUCUUUCAGUCUGCGUCAGCGACUUCUAUGAGUUCGGUGACAAGGAGUGGAAAUCCGGGAUACCUGACUGGACGCCCCGUACUGACUGACAACGGAUCUGUAUCUUUUUGUCUUUCUGUAGCUCAACACUAAAAAUGUUCACUGUCAUAUAAAAUAUUUAUUAUUAUUAUGACCAUUAGAACUCAGCGUAUCACUAAUUAUCUUCAUUGGAGUUCUGUGACUAUCGGCCAGUUGAAAAUUUAUCCAGACUAGCUAUUAUAGCCUCAGUUGUGCAAUUUGGAUUUUAAUUUCCUGCCCUUGAGUUUAGCAAAUAACCCUAAUCUCAUCUUUGGGGACAAUACUUUAUGUAUUCUGGAAUUGAAAGCUGUAUUUAUUUUUUGAUCACGUAGUUGGUAAUGCUGAGUUUUAUAAAUAUUGUUCCUGCUUCCAUUGUACUGAGUUUAUUGGUCCAUAACAACAAACUAGCUGACUCUUCUGACUCUACAAGGAGAUGGUUCGUGUUCGCACAGUCCUGUGCAGUUUGGAGUGAACUCAGUGAGUGGCUGCCCCAUCACGUAAGUGCAGGACUGAUCAUCGGAGUGGGUUGUUUCGAUAAACUUGGGCUGUGUUUGACCUAUUAUUAUAUUCUCACUCUUUACAAGGGUUGGCGACAAUGAGACCUGCAGUGACCUCAGAGCCCGAGCCUAUAAUCUGCUCCUGGGUGGCAGCUUCCCUCAGAGAGUGGCAACCUUUGGAAAUGCCACAGUCACUCAGAGUGCAGACUGGACAUCCAUCAUCUAUCAAAACUGUAGCACCCAGGUCGGCGCACUAACAAGAAAUCUUAGUCAUUUUUCUAUCAAGUCCUAGGUUUUAUUCCUUUAGUAAUGCAUUUCUUUGCAGAAUGAUGUUAACUGCACCACCGGAUGUCUCAUACCUGUUUACCUGCAUGUGCAGAUCUUGUGGGCUGAAGUUGGCCUCCUUUCAAAUCCUGAAGCUCAGGUUCAAGGUGCCCGAUUGAAAUACAGUUGCCAAUCUGUCAAGGUAAAACGGGGAGUGUCUCUUUAAUAAAACAAGACUGGUUUGAUCUGAGAUUUUUAGGUAGGAACACUCCACUGACAAGAAUAGAAACAUUUUUUUCUGCAGAUUCUUCUUCAGAAUAUGGAAAAUAAAGCUAGCAAAUGCUACAGCCCUGCUGCCACUCAGGGAGGUGUUUUUGUCCACAACUAUAAUAGUGCCAAAUUCUAUUAAAAUGAGCAGUUUUAUAAACUGUCACAAAUAUUACAGAUUUCGGACCACAAAUGGACAUGCUCUAGGUGUGGCUUGUUCCUUUAAUUAUAGCAGAAAUCCUGAAUGUAAGUUUCAUUACAGCAGGAUUCUAGAGGGCUUGGAGCGUAUACAAACAUAGUGCUUAUUUUGGGACUACUGCAGGAGUCUAGUUUGUAGGUAUUUUGUAAGGAGAAUAGAUCACAAUUUCCAUUAGAAUGUUUUUUUUAGAUUGUAACAAGUAGUGCAUCUAAAGCUUGAAAGAAACAUACUGCCUUACGUGUCAGUAGCUGAUAUUGCAGGUACAAAUUUGACUUCAAGUAAUACCAGGCUCUGUCUCUUUUCCUAAACGUGUGAUUUUGUUCCCCCCCUCCGUUAGUGUCUCGAUGUCGUCAUGCUCCACACACAGGCCUCAUUCACAGAUAUUACACCUCGUGGACCAGCUCCUCGUUCACAGCCCAGCAUCACAGACCGCGAACCGCUAGACUUUUUCUUCCCUUUCCAAACAAAUGGAGCUGUGCAGACAUGUGCACUAUUACAGCUAAUACUCUGCAUCUUCUCUCUAUGCCUGUGUCUUUAG